GAAGUGCUUGGUGAUAAUUAUUUAGAAGAACAUGCUGAAGCCAAGAAACAUAAAGUAAUGGCAAUAAAAGAUAUGUUUGUGAUUGAUACUUGUGGGGGACUUGGCAGUGAAAUUGAUAAUUCCAAAGAUUCUGAUAAAAAAACUUCUUCAGAAAAAGGAAUAAUUAAAAAAAAUGAUGAUUUGCAUCAUGAACCAAUUUUCAUCAGUUCUACUUUUCACAGUAAUGAUAAUUUGAAUGUCUCAAAUAAAGGACCAAGAGAAGUUACUUUGCGAAAAAGAAAACACAAAGAUUCAGAUGUAACUGAUGAUUCAGAUCACAGCACUGUUUCACACAGCAAAAUUCUCAAAAAGGAAAAGGCUGAACAAGCCUGUUUGAGUACUACUGGAAAGAAAUUAAAAUCACAAUGUAAGACAAAAACAGUUCUUCCACCUUGUGAUGCAAGAAAGGACAAAGUUGUUAUGAGACCUGAAAAUAAAACUGUUACCCUGGAAAGUGGCAUUUUUGUUCAAGCACCUACUUCAAAAGAAAAGCUUUUGAAAAAUAUUGUGAAAGAUAGUAAUGGUUUGUCUGAAGAGGAUUCCAUCAAUAAGAAUGAAAUUAUCAUGUUAAAGAAAAAAAAGAAAAAGAAAAAGAAAAUUUUGCAGGAUCAGAGUUCUAAUAAUGUUACUCUAAGUCAGGAACAGAAAAAAGAAAAGAAAAAGAUUUCAUUAGACCAGGGUUCUAAAUGUGAAGCCGGGAGUCAGAAGCAGAAAAAGGAAAAGAAAUCAUUACUUAGUAAGAAUGCUAAAAAUAUUAAACAAGCAGUUCAUAGAUUUCAUUAUGAAAGAGAUCCAGAAUAUGUUUCGUUUCUCCGUAAAGUUUUCGCAGAGGAGCAAACUGGUAUUGGUACAAAAGCAAAAAAUAAACCUGAAAGUCAUUGUCACUCAGAACCUAAUUUGUCUCUCCAUCAUAAACAAUCUCCUAAGAAAAUAAGUAAAAAGUCAGUACUGUCUGAUGAUCUUCCAUCAAAACAUAAUGUGCAUUUUAAAAAUACAGAAAUAAAACUCUCAAAUGAUAUUGAUGACAAAGUAAUAUGUCUUGGAGAAGUAACUGCUGAUUUAAAUAUUCAGUUACAAGGAACUCCUAAAAUGCCUCAAGAAUCAUGUUCUUCUAAAAUAUUAAAACAGAAAAAUUUUGAAAGCCUAAGUGUGCAGUGUGAUUCUGUACCAUCUCAUAGAGAUGCAGAAAAUGAGUGUUCUAAUAAAAUUACAUCAUUUGCAAAUACUACUACUAAAAAUCGGAAGCAGAAUUCUAUAAAGCCUAACUUAAAUUUACCCUUUGAUAACAAAGGAGAAACUGCUGAUGAUAUAGAUAAUUUUAGUAAUAAGAAGAAGGUUUCUUUUAAAAGAAAUAUUUGUAAAAAAUUUGAUAAAGUGUCAACAAAGUCGUUUAUAGGUUUAAAUAAUGACAAAGAAAGUGAAAGCAGUGCUGAUAAUGAAGAUUCUGAUGCAGUUGUUGAUCUAACUCAUGACGAUGAGUUUUCUGACGAAGAAAAUGAUAGUAUAGAAAAUACUAACUAUGAUGAUAAAAUUUCCUCAGCUGUUAAUAACACCACCUAUGAAAAACCAUGUGAUGAACCAGACAUAGGUUAUGAUAUCAAAUUUCCUGAUAGUGAUGAAGAAAAUGAAAGUAGCAGAGUAGCUAAAGAUAGUAUUAAGGCUUUGUUUACUGACGAAGAAAAUGAUAAUGAUGAUAAAAUUUCCUCGGCUAUUAGUAGCACCAUCUGUGAAAAGAAAUGUGAUGAGUUAGAUGCAGCUUAUGAUAUCAUAUUUCCUGAUAGUGAAGAAGUAAGUGAAAGUAGCAGAGAAGCUGAAGAUAAUUUUAAGAUUCAAUUUCUUGAUAAGGAAAAUGACAGUGAUGAAAAUACUGGAGAUAAUGAUAAAAUUUCCUCAGCUGUUAUUAGCAAUGUGUGUGAAAUGAAGUGUGAUGCACUCAUUGUAACUUGUGAUACCAAGGUCUUUAAUGCUGAUAAAGGAAAUGAAAACAACAAAGCUAUUGAAGAAACUAUUGCUAAAAUUGCAUUAAUUAAAGGUAGUGAUACUUCUAAAAAUUUAGAUAUUCCAUCUACAAAGACAAAUUUAAAUUUAGCUCAGUGUAAGGAAGAAAAUGAAAAUGAAGGUAUCAAUGGUAAUUUUGAAAUUUCAUUAAAUCUAGAUAUUAGUAAAGUAGCAAAUGAGUUGACUUCAGAACGUGAUAUAGAAUUAAAUAGUAAUAAAAGGAUUGAUAAUUCCCAUGAAAUUGCACAUGGUAUAAAUAAUAGCGCUUCUGAAAUAUAUGAUAAAUCUACUACAGACAAUUUAAAACUCAUUUAUUCUAAUGCCAAAAGUGAUGGUGAAUGCAGUGUAGAUAAUUCUUAUCAAACUGAAUCAAAUAUCUUCAAAAACAUUCCUGAAAAACUUGAUGAAGUAAUGGAGGAUGAUAAAGAAAACAAAAAGAACGAUCAUUUUAUUGACAGCUGUAAUAGAACUCUAUCAAAUGCAGAUGUUAGUGUACACGAAGAAAAUGAUCUGGGUAUUGCAUAUGAAAAUUGUGAAAAUAUUGCUAGCAGUACUUUGCAAAUGGAAUCUAUCAAUGUUUGUGAAAUUAAGUCUACUCAGGAUAAUGAAUUAACUAACAACUGUGAAAAAUGUAACAGUGGAGAAUAUAAUCAAGAUAUUUCUUAUGGCAAUGUGCUAACUACUAACAGUAAGAGUGUUAAAAAAAUUAAGGAACUGUCUUUAGAAUCCAGUGAAAUAUUUAUUGACAAUGAUAAGGAAGAUAAAAGUUAUGAAGGACUUGGAAAUAAUUUAGGUAGCGUUCCAUCAUGUGUAAUGUAUAGCAAUUGUAAAAGAUCUGAUGAGUCAGUUUUUAACAAUGAUGCUGAAAAAAACCAUCCUAAUGAGACAACUGAAGUUGGAGAUAAUCAAAUUUCAGCAAGCAAUAGCUGUAAAAGAUCUAAAAAACGGAGUGUAGAACAUUGCUUAGAGUUACCACAGGAUGCUGAAAAACGUGAUAGUAAAGAAGAUAGUUUUCAUUCAGAAAAAAAUUCAGUUAUUGACAAUAAUAUUUAUGAAAAAGAUGAUAUAUUUCCCCUAGAAUGUACUAUACAGCUAUCUCAUGCCACCAUUGAACAUAAUAAAAUUUCUAAUGAUAAUCUUCAUACAUUUGUAUCAGAGGUAAGCAGUAAUACUAAUAAAAGCUGUGAUGAAAAUGUGGAUGGAAAAGAAAUAGUCAAAGAUAAGUUCAGUUUAAUUGAAGUGAUCAGUAAUAAUACUUCUGAGGAUUUACAUGUUGAACAAAGCUUAACCAUAUCUGCAAAGGAAAAAACUUCCAAAGAAGAAUUAGAAAAUUAUUCUCAUAAAAAGUAUUCAGAUGUAGAUGAUGAUAUUAAGAAAACAGAAUGCCAAGAAGAUACAGAAAGUAAUUCUAAUGAACUUUCUUCUGUUACUAAUAGCAGUACUUGUGAUGAUAAAGCACAAAUGUUAUCUCAGAAAACAGAGACCAUUAUUCUUAAUAAAAGCAGCUAUAAUAAUAUUGCGAUUACAUUACCUGAAGAAACAAAAGAUUUAGAUGCUACAUAUGACAAAGUAGACAGUAUUAAGUGUAGUGAAAUUAAUAAAUUUGAAAUUGAAACUGUCAGUUCAAAUGAUGAAUCUAAAUGUGAUUUAAAACUUGAAGAAUCAGUAACAACAGAUAAACAAAGUACUGAGGCCAUGCAUUCACCACUUCCUGUAUCUCCAGAAAAGUCUCAGGGUCUCACAAAUGCUUCUGAUCUGAAAGUUUUAAAUGAGUUCACUCCUAGACGUUCAUCUAGACUGACAUCCAGGAAGAAUUCAGAUAAAAACAGAGUAUCUACUGAAUGUAGUUCCAUUCCAUUACAGAAUGAAUAUAAUAUGGCAACAUUAGAUGCCCAUAAUUCUGCUGUUGUUAUUCCCAAAGACAAAACAGUUGGUAAUGAAAUUAGUUCCAGUUCUGUGUUCAAUUUGGAUAAUUCUUCGAAUAUAAAAUGCAAUACUGAAUUUCACAAAACUGGUUUUGAAACUGAGACAACAACUCCAAGUAGCAAUAUUGCUAUUGCCAUAUUAUUACCUGAAGAAACAAAAAUUGUAGAUGCCACAUAUAAUAAAGUAGACAGUGUUAAGUGCAGUGAAACUAACAGGCUUGAGAUGAAAACUGUCAGCUCAAAUGAUGACUCUAAAUGUGAUUUGAAACUUGAAAAAUCAGUAUCAACAGAUAAACAAAGUACUGAAGCCAUGCAUUUACCACUUCCUGUAACUCCAGAAAAGUCUCAUGGUCUCACAAAUGCUUCUGAUCUGAAAGUUUUAAAUGAUUUUACUCAAAGUAGCAAUAUUGCUAUUGCCAUUUCAUUACCUGAAGAAACAAAAGAUGUAGAUGCUACAUAUAACAAAGUAGACAGUAUUAAGUGCAGUGAAACUAGCAAGCUUAAGGUGAAAACUAUCAGCUUGAAUGAUGAAUCUAAAUGUGAUUUAAAACUUGAAGAAUCAGUAACAACAGAUAAGGAAAGUACUGAAACUAUGCAUUUACCAAUUCCUGUAACUCCAGAAAAGUGUCAGAGUGUCACAAGUGCUUCUGAUCUGAAAGUUUUAAAUGAUUUUACUCAAAGUAGCAAUACUGAUAUUGCCAUUUCGUUACCUGAAGAAACAAAAGUUGUAGAUGCUACAUAUAAUAAAGUAGAGAGAGUUAAGUGCAGUGAAACUAACAAGCUUGAGAUGAAAACUGUCAGUUCAAAUGAGGAAUCUAAAUGUGAUUUAAAACUUGAAGAAUCAGUAACAACAGAUAAACAAAGUACUGAGGCCAUGCAUUUACCACUUCCUGUAACUCCAGAAAAAACUCAGGGUCUCACAAAUGCUUCUGAUAUGAAAGUUUUAAAUGAGUUCACUCCUAGACGUUCAUCCAGACUGACACUGAGGAAGAAUUCAGAUAAAAACAGAGUAUCUACUGAAUGUAAAGCCAUUUCAAAAGAACCAUUACAGAAUGAAGAUAAUAUGGCAACACUAGAUGCUAGUGGUUCUGCUGUUGUUCCCAAAGAUGAAACAGUCAAUGAAAUUAGUUCCAGUUCUCUAAUCAAUUUGGAUAAAUCUUCAAAUGUAAAAUGCAGUAUAGAAUUUAAUGAAAGUCAUUUUAAAAUAGAGACAGCACCUCAAAAUGUAACACCUACCAUUAAUUCUUCCCAUUCAGGCUCAGAAUUUGUUUCUGAAAAUAUAGAAACUGAAAAAAAUAGUAAAAUUAACUCUCCUAAAAAGAGUGCUGUUGACUCUACUUUUCCAUCAUCUUGUGAAAAAAAGGAAUUUUUAUCCUUUUCUGAUAUUUCAAAUGAUAGUCGUGAAAUACAGAUUGCUAAAAGUGAGAGUGAAGUUUCUGAUGAUAAGUGUAAAUAUUCUGAUACACUUUUCUCAAAUAUUAAUUCAGAAAAUAAUAAACAAUUAUAUUUUUCAUAUCGUAAUACACAUAAUAAUCCAAAUGAUGGUAUUGUCGAGAACUUAGAACUUGAGACAAUAGAUGAGAAUGUCACUGAUGAAUCUAGCAAUUUUAAAGAAAGUGACGAUGAAAUUUUAAGUAGUUGUUCAGAGACUCUAGAGAAAGAAAAUUUUAUUGAACUUGAAGACGCAAAAAGUAACAGUAUUGUAAAAAUGUUAGAUUCGCCUUGUUCAGAAAAUGCAGCUCUAAAGUCUGAAGACAGGGAAAAUGACUUUGUGCCAAAAGACAAUAAAAAUCCUGUGUGUACAGUUGAAACAGAAAUAUUUAAUGCUGAAGAUAAAAACCUGAUUGUUCCUGAAUGUAAUAUUAAGCAAGAAGCAUUGACAUCCAAAACUGAACAUGUGGAGAUCUCUAUACCUAAACCUUGUUCUGUUGUCCUUGAUGAAACGUUUACCAAAUGUUUGAAGGAUUAUAAUUUGAAUGAUUGUUUGAAAAACACCUCUGAAGUAGUACAGUCUGCAGAUGUAUCUGAGGUGCUUUCUGUGCAGGAUUCUUUGGAAGUAUCAAAAGUAAAACAAUCAACUAGCUCAAGCAAGGAAAUAAGUAGUGAUAUAAGCAAAACUGCACCAUCUGUAGAGGACACCAUUAAUGUUUUAAGUAACAUUGAAAAAAAUUGUAAGGAGUGGGUUUUACCAGAAGUUGAGAUUUCUCCUUGCAAAUUAUCUAAAUUAGACAAUCAUAAUAGUGCAGGAUUUGAUGAGGGUAAUUCAUCUGUGGAAAACUCCGUAGUGAAAAGCUCUGCAGUAAAAGGUUAUCAAACGAGAUUAAGAAAGAAAACUGUCAAGGGCUCUGUUGUAGAAUCAGGAAAAAAUGCAUCUGAUGAUAAGAAAUCUAAAUCAAAGCAUAGUUUAGCCCCAAAUCCCGUUAGACGUUCUCUAAGACCACAAAGGGUUGAUUCAAGUUCAAAUUUAGCAAAUGAUUUAAGUGAGCUACAUUUAGAAUCGCCUAAGAGCAGAAGAAAAAACAGAACUGUAUGUGCUGAAAAAAGUGAAUUACAGAAAGUUCUGGACACUACUGCUGCUAUUCAUUCUGAAGAAUCAGAAGACAGUUUGAGAACAAAAGGUAAGCGAGAAGAAACUGAUCCUCUGAAAUCUGAUGGUACUCAGAAAUCAGAAGAUGCAGUAGAACCUAGGAAAACAAGAAGGCAGAAAUCAUCUGUUCCUACCAGUUACAAUCUGCGAGCCAGAUCAUCAUUGGUUCUACCUGGAAAGUUAAAACUUUGAUGUCAGUUAUGAAAAAAAUGUGUAAAAUAAUGUAAUUUUCAAUAUUGUAAAAUAAAAUUGUUUUCAAAAGCUUUGUAAAAUGAAGAAAGCAAUUAAAAUCUCAUAUUUUACUUCA